AUGCGGUGCGGCAUCUUUGCCCAGCCAUGUCUCCUGGUGUUUUUGCUGCUGUGUCUCUCCGGGGCCAUUGCAGACACCUCUGAGAAGCCCUAUCUCAUUCGAACCAAAUCAUCCACCCCCGUCUCGACCUUUGACGCCUUCAUUCAAGAACUGGAUGAAGGCCAAGGAAAGCCAGAAAUCUUCCCCGAUGGCGAGUACCAGAGCUACCAGACCAACCUCACGGAAUCACAGGCCGAGGAAAUUCGCCAGAAAGAUUUUAUCCUCUUGGUCUUCCCCGCAGGGAUCGCUAAUGAGGUAAAGCCGCGAGACCCACAACAGGGGGCUGUGAAUGAUACAUCCGAGGCACCAAGCGAAGGAUCCCGUUUGGAGCGACGACAAAGACACACUCCCAGGCAAUUGCAAUUCGUCUCGUGGAACGGGCUUGGGGAAGCCCCGGAUGAUUUACGCUAUCGACGAGACUCCAGUGACGGUGCGGGGGUGCCGAUCUUUGUGAUUGACAGCGGCUUUAAUAUACAUCAUCCGGAGCUUGCCCGGCAUGGCCGACGAGUGUUUCCCUGGGCGGUCCCUGAAACCGCGAUGCCGUCUCAAAUGAGAAUUGGGGGAAGAAUCUGGGAUCGUCUUCCGCAGCAGUUUGACACUGACUAUGAGGGCCAUGGCACAAAAAUGGCCGCUCUGGCGGCAGGCACCACGCUGGGAGCGGCUCGGUUUGCGGAUCUGCACUUGAUCAAAGCCUCAGUGGAUUAUGACUACCAGGGGAACCGUGGAACUCGCCAGGCCAGAACCUCCUACGAGACAUGGCGCCUAGUCUUUCGCUAUAUCGUCCAUGUCUUGCGGGCACAGGCCCAAAAUGCAAGAAUGAACGGAUUCACUCUGAAAGCGAUUGUCUCGAUCUCGGGAGACCGCGACCGCGUCGACGAUGAUGAGCAAACAGACCGUGCUUACUGGAGCUUGUUCCAGGACUUUGCGGCUGACCUGAAUGAAUAUGGUGUUCCUCUGGUGGUUGCCGCUGGCAAUGAUGGCUUGGAAGGGAGAACCCUGGAUGAUUCAUUCUUGACUGCUUUAUCCAGGCCCGGCAACAACAUUAUUCCUAUUGGUGGCGUGCAAGCGGAUGGAACACUGUGGAUUCAAACGACGCCCGAUGGGAGGAGAUCGAGGAUUUCUGCCUAUACCGUGUGUACGGAUCUCGAUACUCUGGACGAUCAUGGCCGCUACAUCUCGCACUAUGAUAGUGGCACGAGUCCUGCCGCGGCAAUUACGUCGGGCAUGCUGGCAACAUGGCUGAGUAUUGAUCUCUGCAAUGUCCCCCCUGUCUUCCAAGAUGUGGUCGGACGCAUCUUCGACCGCUACGGCAAUCCCAAUGCUGUGGGCAUUAAAAAUCAAUUGGAGAGGGUCUCUUACCAGAAAAACCACCGGAAGGUGCCCCGAGGCACCCCCAGGCUCCCUUACGAACUGCCACUCCGAGUAAACUCCAUAUACAACUGGGCUCGGGGACGACCAGUUACGGGAUAA